CAAUUUGCAAUUUCUGACCCUUUUUUUUUUUGGUGUUCAAGAAUCCCAUUUUUUUCUUCUGGAUAAUUUGAUUUAAUGUUGGGUUUAAUUUUUCUGAACAUAAAAUUGUGGAUAUAUGACUCUAGCAGAGAACCCUCAAGAACAACCAUACACCACUCGUUUGAAUCAAUCAAGCAAAGCAAGAAGCCAAAAUCUACCCGCAAACCUCCCUUACCCACCCACAAAUGCACACUCCUCCAUUCUUCCUCCUCCACAACUACCAGCUUCACCAAAUUCCAUGGCCAAGAUUCCCACCACUGAAUAAUUCUGCUGCAUAUGCGCAUCUCUCUCUGUUCCCACCAAGACAUGACUACCUCUUAUUGCCUCUCUUCCUCGAGAAACACCACUCCAGCAGAAGCAUUUUUAGUGCACAACUCUCACUUCUAUCUCCAUAGACACUGCUCUUUCAAUGGACCCAAUAGAGAUAUUGUAUUCCUCAAGCCAAACCCACUACCACCCGAGUCUUUGAUUCCUGUCUUGAGACUCAGUAACUCCAAAUUAACUCACACUUUCGCCAGUAUGUCGUCUUUUGCUGAAGCUGAAGGGGAAAAUCAGGAGAACAGAGAAAUUGAGAUCGGAAAGUCUAACGAGACGGCGAAAAUUGAGGACGAUGAAUUGCCUGGAAUGGCUCAAGCCUUCCACAUAUCAUCCAGAACAGCCUCUGCGAUCUCGAUUUGCAUUGCAUUGGCGGCUCUCAGUUUUCCUUUAUUGAUGAAAUCAAUGGGGCAGGGACUGACAUUGAAGACCAAAAUAUUGUCUUACGCGACCCUGUUAUUUGGUUUCUACAUGGCUUGGAAUAUUGGGGCUAAUGAUGUGGCAAAUGCUAUGGGAACUUCUGUUGGGUCUGGGGCUUUGACGCUCCGGCAGGCUGUAUUGACGGCGGCGAUUCUUGAAUUCUCUGGGGCGUUUUUGAUGGGUACACACGUGACAAGCACAAUGCAGAAGGGAAUUCUUGUGGCUAAUGCGUUUCAAGGGAGGGAUACUCUGCUUUUUGCUGGUUUGUUGUCUUCUUUGGCUGCUGCUGGCACUUGGUUGCAGGUUGCAUCGUACUUUGGUUGGCCUGUCUCCACAACUCACUGUAUAGUAGGAUCUAUGGUUGGAUUUGGUCUUGUCUAUGGAGGAGCUGAUGCUGUCUUUUGGGGUUCACUGGCAAGGGUUACUUCAUCAUGGGUGAUCUCACCAGUAGUGGGAGCGAUGAUGUCGUUUCUUGUCUACAAGGGCAUCCGUAGGUUUGUAUACAGUGCUCCAAAUCCAGGACAAGCUGCCGCUGCAGCUGCACCAAUUGCUGUCUUUAUGGGUGUAACUGGAAUCUCCUUUGCUGCUUUUCCUCUAAGCAAGGCCUUUCCCUUGGCUCUAGCCCAGGCUUUGGCCUGUGGCGCUGCUGGUGCGCUCUUAGUUGACAGAAUUAUUCGAAAACAGCUUGGUCAUCUCCUUGUCAAAUCCACUUCUUCGCAACCAGAGCAAUAUGAGAGCGUUGUCCAAAAUAAAAAUAUUGGAUUUCUCUCUGACAUAGCAGGCCCUAAAGGUACCCAAUUGGAGAUAGUUUAUGGGGUUUUUGGCUACAUGCAGAUCCUCUCAGCCUGUUUCAUGUCAUUCGCGCAUGGCGGUAAUGAUGUCUCAAAUGCUAUAGGUCCAUUAGCUGCUGCAUUGUCUAUCCUCCAUGGCAGUGCUGCUAGCAGAGCUGAGAUUGUUAUUCCCCCUGAUGUUCUUGCAUGGGGAGGAUUUGGAAUAGUAGCGGGGCUAACGAUGUGGGGUUAUAGAGUGAUAGCAACGAUAGGGAAGAAGAUAACAGAACUCACACCAACUAGAGGAUUUGCAGCGGAAUUCGCUGCAGCUUCUGUUGUUCUGUUUGCAUCAAAGCUGGGACUCCCCAUAUCAGCUACCCAUACAUUGGUGGGUGCAGUGAUGGGAGUAGGGUUCGCCAGGGGACUAAACAGUGUAAGAGCAGAAACUGUGAAAGAGAUUGUGGCUUCUUGGGUUGUGACAAUUCCAGUAGGAGCAGCACUCGCAGUUCUCUACACAUGGAUUUUGACCAAGCUUUUGUCUCAUAUUUUGUGAGUGUACAACAUAAAUGAUUAAAGAUCAAUAGAUUAUCAUCUACUUUAUUCAUAUCAAUAAAUAUUUCUCCAUCUUUA